AUGCCAAAGAAAGGCAAGAAAAUGUAUCCAAAACUUGCUUUUUUCUUAUCAAUCUUAUCCUUCCAUAUUCUGACAGCCUCAGCUUCAGAUCCAGAUCCUGUUCAAGAUUUUUGCAUCCCCAACACAGAAUUGGGUUCCAUAAGGACAUCCAGAUUUAACCUCGAAACAUGCAAAAAUCCCGAGGAAGUGAGUCCAGAAGAAUUCAUAUUUUCAGGCAUAAAAUCACCUGGAAAUUUCUCAAAUACAGGCCUUUCAGCCAUAUCCGUGAAUCCUGCAGUAUUUCCAGGGCUCAACACACUUGGAAUGUCAUUUGUACGCGCAGACCUCAAGGUUGGUGGCAUUAACGCGCCGCAUUUCCACCCAAGAGCCACAGAAAUUGCAUACGUGGUGCAAGGAAAAGUUUAUUCCGGUUUUGUGGAUUCGACGAACAAGGUUUUUGCCAAAAUUAUUGAACAAGGAGAGGUGAUGGUGUUUCCCAGAGGUCUAGUGCAUUUCCAGAUGAAUGUUGGCAAAUCUUCUGCAACAAUUUUUGGAAGUUUUAACAGCCAAAAUCCUGGAACCCACAGAAUCCCAAAUGUUAUUUUUGGUUCUGGAAUCAAUGAUGAGCUUCUGCAAAAGGCUUUUGGAUUAACUCUUGAGCAAAUUUUAGUUUUGAGAAGGAAAAUAAUCUUCCCUUAA